CCAAGGCAGCAGGCAGACACCUCACUCACUUACACAUAAAUAUAUACACACCUUAACGCAUAAUAAUAUUAGCGUAAUUUAUCGCACACUUUGCAUGAGAGAAAACGAUGAGCCAGUAACUUCACAAUUUCUCAUCACGCUCACUUGUUGACCACAUUGCAAAGAAAAAUUGCACAAUGACUCCCAACUUUAAGACCAUGUUUACAUGGUGGAAGUCAGUUGAAGUACUUUUAACUGCAGGGAGGACUAAUAUAUCGAGAUAUCCUUUAGACUUAAAUGCAGAUAUAGCAUAAUGCCGCAUGCAACAGUUUUUUUAGGGUGAGAGGUGAUCGAUUUCUAAUUCAGUGUUUAGUAAAUUGAGUUCUUGUCAGGAUUCAACUUGCUAGAUGCAAUCCAGUCCAAGUCGAAUUUUACAUUGUUGGUUUCUUCUAUUAAUAAUCCUGAGAUUUUCGCCUUGUUUGUAAUAAAAUGGGUUGUUUCAAACAGCAAUAUUUUUAUGGGUUUCUCGUCCUAAUUUUAUUGAUUGGAAAGACGUAUGAAGUGAGUUUGGAGGAAGAUCUCACACUGACGUACACUCAAAAACUACUUUUGGAUAAGUUCAAAGAAAUUGUCAAUCCUGCGCUAACCCAUGAAUAUAUGAAACGUGACAUUUAUCUGAUUCGAUGGCUUCGAGCAAGAAAUUUCAAUCUGAUGGAAGCUGCCCAACUACUAGCUCAGAAUCUACGUUGGAGACAAGAUGAGUCGAUGGACACGAUUCUCACAGAAGAUUGGACGGACUAUGAGAACAGAUUUCCAUACUAUUUGGAAGGCUGUGAUAAGGAGGGACGCCCAGUUGCAUCCGUCGAUGUUGGUUCGUGGGAUGUCCGCGGUCAAAUCCUGGCUGGAAAACGGGACCGAAUUAUUCGCUAUUUCGACAAACUUAUCGAGGAAAUUAACACAAUCGUUCGCCACGCCCAGGACCGAGGGGAAAACGUGACCCAAUACACGCUUAUCUUCCAAAUGGGGAAUUAUAACUUAAUCGAACAGGGAUGUCCUUCGUGUUUACCCGUGUACUUUGCCAUGUUCAACUCUUACGAGGCUCAUUACACUGGAAAUGUACACAAGAUGAUCCUAGUCAACACCCCACCCAUAUUCCAAGCUCUGCUCUCUCUGAUUCGUCCCCUCCUCUCCCCACUGACCAGAGACGCUCUCUUCAUCUACGGUAACAACAAGGCGGAAUGGCAAAGCGUCCUUUUGGAAGAAAUGAUGCCAAACCAACUUGCAAAAUCCUACGGUGGGAAUAGAGAGCAAGGAUUUGAGCCAAGAGAAGUCAGAUUGUGGAAGGAGUUCAAAUGUAACGUGGAACGACCGGAACUUCAAAAUAGCACUUCUAGCACCACACCCUUGACGAAUAUCACAUCACAACAUUUAUCGUGAUUCCUUAAAUAAAUAUGUAGUAUGCAUGCAUUAAAAUAUUUACAUGAGUGCUCAAUUAAGCGUACAUGAGUGAGGGAACCUUAAUUAAGUAUUAUUUUAUUUAGACAAGCUGACUAGAAAUGGGUUGGGUUGGGUGACGCUUGCAUUUAUAAUUGACAACGUUAAGCAAGAAUUACUUGGACAGGAUUGUUUGAAUAAAAUUAUAAUUCUUUAUAUAA